GCGCUGUUUUCAACACACGGAAUUUAGCUGCUCGUUGCUAACUAGCUGAAUCAUCUGUCAGCGGCUUUCUAUUUUUCUCUAGAUUGUACGUGUCUUGCAGUGCAAUGGCGGCAAGAUAUGAUAGAGCUAUCACCGUCUUUUCCCCUGAUGGCCAUCUCUUUCAAGUAGAGUAUGCACAAGAAGCUGUAAAGAAAGGUUCCACAGCGGUGGGAAUCAGAGGUAAAGACAUCGUUGUCCUCGGUGUGGAGAAGAAAUCUGUAGCAAAGCUGCAGGAGGAAAGGACUGUCCGCAAGAUCUGCGCGCUGGAUGAGCAUGUCUGCAUGGCAUUUGCAGGUCUCACAGCAGAUGCACGUAUUGUGAUAAACAGAGCUCGGGUUGAGUGCCAGAGUCAUAGGCUAACAGUUGAGGACCCAGUCACGGUGGAAUACAUCACACGCUACAUAGCUACACUGAAACAGCGCUACACUCAAAGCAAUGGGCGCAGACCAUUUGGCAUUUCUGCGUUAAUUGUUGGCUUCGACUACGACGGAACUCCCAGGCUGUAUCAGACGGACCCAUCAGGAACCUACCACGCCUGGAAGGCAAACGCAAUCGGACGCAGCGCAAAAACUGUAAGAGAGUUCUUGGAGAAGAAUUACACGGAUGAAGCCAUUGCUGGGGACAACGAGGCAAUCAAGUUGGCCAUCAAAGCUUUGCUUGAGGUCGUCCAGUCAGGAGGAAAAAAUAUUGAACUCGCCGUUAUCAGACGGAAUCAGCCGCUGAAGAUAUUGGAAUCCAAGGAAAUCGAGACCCUGGUGGCUGAGAUCGAGAAGGAAAAAGAGGAAGAGGCAGAGAAGAAGAAGCAGAAAAAAUCCACUUGAAGCAGUUAACUACAUUUUGUCUUCAUUGCACUUGCCUAACCAUAACAUAUUUGGGUUCAGAGGUUUUGCUUGCUCAUUUAUUCCACUGUAAGGAGCUGAAUCAGAACUUGACAUUGGCUUUUUUUUCCAUCACCCACCACACAGCUCUGAUGGCAGUCCUUUUCAAAUGUUCAGUUAAACUGUAUGUGACAUUCAGAACCAUAAUGAAAGUAGAUACUCAAUAAAAGUGGUUUCGUUCGUAUGUUUUCUAUAAAA